AUGCCUGACCUAAGUAACAUUCAAGGCGAUGUUUGGCCUCGUCUGCCUAAGAAAGCGGAAGGUUUCUACUUUUUUAAUAUCACGAACCCUGCUGAAUUCAAGAAGCAUCUGAAAAGACUUGCUCCGCAGAUUACAACUGGCGAAGAGGCUAAAGAGACCCGUUCCGAACUCUAUUCGCGAAAGAAGGCGGGCAAGACGGGUCUUGUCCAACUCUCCUCGAUCAAUAUUUCCUUUUCCUAUUCUGGAUUGGAAAAGUUGGGCAAAACCGACCUCGGUGAUGAGAUCUUCAGAAAUGGCCAGUACAAGGACAUGGUCACGGAUGGCUUGGAUAAGCCCGAGGAUUGGGACAAAUUCUAUCAAGGCUACAACGGGAAAAUUGAUGGUGUCAUCCUUGUCACUGGAAACACUUUGAAGGUUGUCGAGUCUACCUUCCUGAAGUCAGUUCAGCCUUGUUUCAGUAGCGGUGGGCCCACAACUUCCAUGCGUGUUGUUCACACUGAAGAAGGAACCGUUCAGCAACACGAUAAGGAACACUUUGGUUGGGUUGAUGGUAUCUCGGAGCCUUUGGUCAAAGGUCUGGAGUCAUCCAACAAUCCGAAGGAUCUCCCGCCGGUUCGCGAUGGCACAUUCUUCGUUGGUGGUGAGGGAGAUUUUUUCAAGUCCCCCGCAUGGGCGAAGGACGGUUCCUUCAUGGUCUUCCGUCGCCUCCGUCAAUUGGUGCCCGAAUUUACUAGCUGGUGUGGCAAGAACUGCGAAGAUCCUACUAACAUGGAUGUCAUUCGUUUGUUCUCCUCUCGCGUAGUGGGAAGAUGGCCUGAUGGUGCUCCUCUCGAGCAUCACCCAACCCACGCGUACAGGGACGGGCACCCCGAGGACCCCGAAAAUAAGCGGAACGAUUUCGAUUUUGGCCCUGAUAACCAUCUGCAAACCCGAUGCCCAUUCGCUGCGCAUAUCCGAAAGGUCCGCCCUCGAGCAGAUUUCGCCAACGACUCACAAGCCAUGAUCCGACGUGGUAUCCCAUACGGUGACUGGACUGAGGUUGAGGAGAAGCGUGGCGGGCACACGCUAAAGCACCGCGGACUGCUGUUCGUAUCGUACCAAGCGAAUCUUCGGAACGGGUUCCGUUUCGUAAUGAAGGAAUGGGCCAACAAGGAUGGCUUCCCCGAUGGCAAGUUCGAGGCCUGUGGAGGUAAACCGCCUGGGAUCGAUCCCAUCAUUGGCCAAGUCGACAAAUACCCCGGUAGAUGCAACAUCCCCAGCGCUAAAAACCUCCAGCCUGCGCCUCCUGUUUCUGACCGCGAGGUUGAGGUCGAGCGCUUUGUUAUCCCCGAGGGUGGCGAGUACUUCUUCACUCCCUCCAUAAACGCCUUGAUGACCGAUCUCACCAAGUAA